GGAAGUUACAUAGUAUUGCAAUCUAGGGUUACUUGUUUUGCGAGGAAGAGCUCUUCUUGUCAUCAUCUAUGGCGGACGUUGAGAACAAGCCGGAAUCGUCGUUUCCGGUUAAGAGGAGACCGGAUCUCUGUUGCCAAGAGCAGGGUAAUGUGUCAAACAAGGCUCAGAAGCUUAAUCCUUGGUCGAGUUCGGCCGAUUCAGAGUCCGGAGGCGAGGGAGUUAGUGGAAUCUGCGUCGAGAAUCUGAAUUCUUCUUCUACUACUGCUGGUUCUGUAUCGGAGAAGGAUGAGAAUGUCGUCUCCCCCGGUGGCGAUAUCGCAGCUGAAGAGAAGCAAGAAGUUGGAGUUCGAGAGGAAGAGGAAGAUGAUAGGAAAGGUAAAGUCUUCUCGAGAGAGGACAAGGGAAAAGGAAAGUUGAUCGAAUUUGAUGAUAGCGAUGAAGACGACGACGAAGAUGGUGAUGAGUACGACGAGAGCGAGUUGUCCGACGAUGCAUUGGCGGAGGUGGAUUUGGAUAACAUACUCCCGUCGAGGACUAGGAGAAGAUCGAUCCAGCCUGGUGUCUACUUCUCCAAUGAUCGGCGUUGAUGAUAGCAGCGAUGAUAGUGACGCUUAAAUUUUAUAGCUAUAUAAAUAUAAUGAAGGGUAGUGUUAAGAAAUCAUGUUUUAGUUCCUUUAAUAGUUCUAAAGAGAGUUCCGUCUCUGUUCAGUGAAUUAUUGGUCGUAAUCUAAUGUUUCCAACGCUUGGACCAAA